AGAGCGAUGGAACGGCUGUCCGUUCGUGUUUUCGGCCCCCGUGCGAAACUGCGGGGCGAGCGGGCCUGUUAUCAUGUCAAGGUUUGAAGUAGCGCCGGUGGACGGGGGGAGCGCUGUGGUGCUGCCGCCGGGCGAGACCGUGAUAGGAAGAGGCGCCCUGCUGGGAAUCACAGAUAAACGAGUAUCCAGGAAUCAUGCUAUUCUGAAAGUAAUCGGUGAUCAGCUUUGCAUCAAACCGGUUCAUUUAAACCCUUGUUUUUACUGGCCAUCUGAAAACAGCCUGCCUUUGCCACUGGAUACAGGUGAAUGGCACCAACUGAGCCCGGGUGACAACUUUUCCCUAUUAGUGGACAAAUAUGUCUUCAGAGUAAUUUUUACUCACACAGAGAUGGAAGACUUGCAAAGCCAGAACCGUGGUAACCUUGAGGCGGAAGAGAAGCCCGAUGACGUGCUUCCCAGGCAGUCUUCACUACAACAAACAUCCUCUUCUAGCCAUGGCAAGCUUCCAGAAGACAACUCCCUGUUAGAAAGAACAGCUGAACCUGUCCAAAAGCUUUGUACUAGUGUUGCUGAAACAGAAAUGCGGAGGCUUGCUUCAAGAAAAAGACUCCUUCCAGCAUGGAUGCUCCAGCAGGAUCUCGUGGUUCCGAGUUCAUCAUCCUUAGACCCUGGAAGAGGAAGUAAUGAAGAAAGGGAAAAAAGACCGGGGAAAAAGCCAAAAAUGACAGAAAGCGAGGAUGCUGCCCUUUCAGUCCAGGAUAUACAGAGCGUCGCUACAGAAUCUGCUUUGCCACAGAUGGAAAAGAAUGAUAGCAAAGUUGUACCUGAACUACCUAAAUGCUCCAUGAUGCAGAAUGAAUGCUCGGAGUCCAGCCAAACAGGACUUCAGGCCGUUGAAAGAGAUACAAGUAAUCAAAGGGAGAUCAAAGAAGAGAAUGCCACACCCAGAACAGAGGAACAAGGAAUGCCAUCUCAGUCUCCAAUUCACCAGGAUGCGAAUGAAGCAUUUAUCUCAGAUCAGACAACGGAAACAGACAUUUCAGAUUUAACUGGGAGUUCAGCUGUACCACAGAGCACUAACGUAAGCAAACACAAGAGGAUACCCUGCCACUAUGGGAGAAACUGCUACAGGAAGAAUCCUGUACACUUUCAGCAGUUCUCUCACCCUGGUGAUGGAGAUUAUCUUGACCCUGAAGUUGUAACUCCAGCUGACAAUGAUUGCCGACCUGAAUGUCCUUAUGGAACUGCUUGUUACAGGAAGAAUCCACAGCACAAGAUCGAGUAUAAGCACACAGCACCUCCAGAACCUGAAAGAAGGCAAACCAGACCAAAGCCUGUCAAAAAAGGAAGAAGCAUCUUGGGGGACGACAGUGAUAAUGAUGGUGAACCCAACGAGUACAAUUUGGACGACAGCUUUAUAGAUGAUGAAGACGAAGAAGAGUGCGACCCUACUGAUGAGGAUUCUGAUUGGAAGCCAGAUUUUGAGGAGAAGAAUGAUGAAGAUGUUGACACGCUCCUGAAAGAAGCUCAGAUGUUUGUUAAAACCAAGAAGUAAUUGGGGAGAGAUUGUUUAGAAGAUGAUUGCAAUACUUCAGUGCAGAAUUAUUUUUCUACUUUAGACCAAAUACAGGAAUUCAUGAAUAAAAAUAUAUAUUGAACACAACAAGGCUAGAGUUAAGCGCUUGAGUCCUUUCCACUUAAGUGUAGAACAUCAUAAUGCUUUCCAUUAACUGAAUGAGAUUUUUAAAUCCUUUAUUCUCAGUUGAACAGAAAUCAAGCCCAACUUUUAAUGUUGGUCUGGAUAAGCCUAUAAAAUUCAGACUGAGUUUGGAUAAAGGUGUGUUAAACUUUCUAAAUGGCUAUUUUUUCAUAAAUGUUGAUGUGACAGGGAAGAUCUUGAAACAUGGCGCGGUAGCAGUUUUGUGCUUUGAGUCUUAAAUUAAGACCUUGUGAGUGGAUUUCUAAAAUUUGUAAUAUGCUUAAUGUUAAGUAAAGAAAGAAAUUGCACUGUGUAUAUAUAUAGGAGGUACAGAAUAACUCUAGAUCUGCUAAAGAGCCAGUUUGGUGUAGUGGUUAAGAGUGUGGGACUCUAAUCUGGAGAACCGGGUUUGAUUCCCCACUCUUCCACCUGAAGCCAGCUGGGUGACCUUGGGUCAGUCACAGCUUCUCGGCACUCUCUCAGCCCCACCCACCUCACAGGGUGUUUUGUUGUGAGGAUAAUAAUGACAUACUUCGUAAACUGCUGUGAGCGGGUGUUAAGUCAUCCUGAAGGACGGUAUAUAAAUCAAAUGUUACUAUUAUUAUUACUAAAGCAAUUAGGAUUUUGAAUCCUUUAUUUAUUCCAUCAGCUGGUAACCGAGAUGUAAAAAUUACUGUCUUUUAUUAUUUGUUAUAUGCCAUCUGACACUGCAUAUACCAUCAUCUUGCUUUUUGUGUUUGAGGAAAAUGUUUGUAAAUUUAUCCUGAAAGGCAAUUAGAUUCCAUAUCUCAUUCCAUAUCUUGUUAGUUCUUCUGAAAGUUUCUGCACCUUGGGGUUCCAUUCCAUUCAUUUAUUAAUAUUCAUAGGUGAAUUAUUCAUAAGAAUAUAAAAAUACAAAAUAUAUAAUUGUAAGUACAACAUUUACAUUAUAAACACACAUGGGGGAGUGACACUGGCACAUGGCGGUCACAUAAGCGAAGGGCUCCUGAAACCUUCCCUCUUCCAACUAAAAAACAAAGCAUCCUGGAAGCAAAUUAACAAUUCAAAGAUGGGGAAAUCAGCUACAUCGAAGGCGACCCCAAAGAAACCAGGCUCUCUGGAAGCCUUUUUAGCAGUAGGAGAGUCUGCAGCCACUCAGCCUGCACAAAACAGCUCUGAUUCAAGAAUGGUGGGCGGAGAGAAGCCUGCCGAAAAUGAUGAGGCUCCAACAACAAAGAAAGAUGUUAGCAGCCUUAAGGAAGACCUGCAACAUUUCUUUGUCAGGCAGGUCACAGGCCUGCCUGCCAUAUUCCAUGAUUUCCUGUUUCUGUGGGGGAUGGGGGGGAUAGUUUGUAGGUCUGCUGUUCUUUUGCUGUUUUCUCUGGAGCUGCUCUGCACACAGGUGUCUUAUCUCCAGGCACCUGGGAGCAUUGAAUGACCUUGGUGCCUGUCUCUCUCUCUUCCUUCCAGCUUUCCCACGGGAACCUGCACACCCAAGCUAACGGAUUUCUGCUUGCAAAAGAGGAGGAGGAGAAAGGAGAGUAUAGCUAGCUGACUGGGCCUUCACCAGGCAUUCCUGGCAAUUCCUUUGUACUGUACUCUAAAAGUGGAAAUUUCUUAAUAAAUACCUUUAAAUCAUCUAGCCUAAGCUGAUGAAGUGGAGCCGUCUAAGAGAGGCCCCUGGCAGAGUCUGACAGUUUGCCAGGAAUCCCUUUAUACAUCAGACCCCGGAGAACCUGAGCCGUUCAGCUACCUGCACCAUGGUAGAAUGAGCGGGUGAGAGCACUCCCAUGAAACCCAAGACCACAACGAAAGAACCCCUGGAGAGGUUUAGGCCAACUCAGGCAAUAUCUAAAACUGGAUCCAGUUUCUUACACUGGCUGAGCACAAUGCCCUGGAGAUGGACCCCACGCACAACCACGGCCAAAGGCAAGGAGUGCAAAGAGCAGCGAAAAGGCCAGUGGUUCCAGCCAAGCCUUGAAGGAGAGGUGACCAUCCAGCAGACACUGGGAGAGGAUUGUGAUGUUGAAGACCCCCUCUUGGGGAAGGAGGAAGGAGAAUGCAAGGAAGACAAGUGGAAGGAGACCCCCAAUGUUCCCUUUAAGCUGUGCAGUGUUGUGAGCCCCCCCAAAAAAUUGUGAGCUGAAAUGUGCACAAAAAUUUAUUUUGUGAGCUGACUUGCAUAAAAGUUUUGAGAGCGCCUUUUUUAAAAAAAAAAGAUUGCAACCUACAAACAUACAAGAAUACAAACAGUUGGCCAUCGCGUAAAACAGUUUUUGGAAUUUUAUAACCUCAACCAUAUUAAUAUCUGAGAAUUAAUUUUUAAACUGUAUUUUAAGCAUUUUUAAAGAAUGUUUUAUAUGUUAUAUCUGUAAACAGAAUCAAGUCAC